UGGGGAGUGACACGGCGGUUCUCCGCUGCCAAGAAUGGGUCAGGGUAAGACAGGUCAAGGCUGAGCGAGUCCGCUCGGUACCGCCUCCUGGGGUGGCCUGGGCACCGGGGCUGAGACGCGGGUGGAGGAAGGGGGAGGUGUCCGCAACCUCCCCGUACGAGCCGCGUGAGUAGGCGGAGAGGCCUGGGCGCCUCCUCCCCUCUCGGAACGUGCGUCCGGGGAUCACUCCGGGUCCUGCUCCUCCCUGCCGGCAGGGGGGAGACGGGGGACAGGCGGCCGUACUCUCCGGCUAUAAAGGGAACUGGGCCUCCCACGGCUUGCCUCGGCUCGCCUGGGCGUCCUCCCGGCUAGAGCUCCCGCUCCCGCUCCACUCGACCCUCUCGGGCCUCGGCUACUCGGGCUGCGGCAGAAGAUGGCGGCUCCAGCGGGUCACCCGGCUCGGGAGGCUCGGUCCGAAUCCUCUGAUGAGGCGCUGGCCGCUGCCUUAGCGGACGUGCCCGAACUAGCCCGACUUCUAGAGAUAGACCCGUACCUGAAACCCUUCGCUCCGGACUUCCAGCGCAGGUAUAAGCUGUUUAGCCAGACUUUGAACAACAUUGGAGAGAACGAAGGUGGUAUUGAUAAGUUUUCCAGAGGUUAUGAAUCAUUUGGCGUCCACAGAUGUGCUGAUGGUGGUUUAUACUGCAAAGAAUGGGCUCCAGGAGCUGAAGGAGUUUUUCUUACUGGAGACUUCAAUGAUUGGAAUCCAUUUGCAUACCCAUAUAAAAAACUGGAUUUUGGAAAAUGGGAGCUGUAUAUCCCACCAAAGCAGAAUAGAUCUGUCCUAGUACCUCAUGGAUCCAAAUUAAAGGUUAUUAUUAGGAGUAAAAGUGGAGAGAUCUUGUAUCGUAUUUCACCGUGGGCGAAGUAUGUGACUCGUGAUGGUGAUAAUGUGAAUUAUGAUUGGAUACACUGGGAUCCAGAACACCCAUAUAAAUUUAAGCAUUCCAAACCAAAGAAGCCAAGAGGUCUACGAAUUUAUGAAUCUCAUGUGGGAAUUUCUUCCUAUGAAGGAAAAAUAGCUUCUUAUAAACAUUUUACAUGCAAUAUAGUACCAAGAAUCAAAGACCUUGGAUACAAUUGCAUUCAGUUGAUGGCAAUCAUGGAACAUGCUUACUAUGCCAGUUUUGGUUACCAAAUCACAAGCUUCUUUGCAGCUUCAAGCCGUUAUGGAACUCCUGAAGAGCUGAAAGAACUGGUUGACACAGCUCACUCAAUGGGUAUUACAGUCCUCUUAGAUGUGGUACAUAGCCAUGCCUCAAAGAAUUCAGAAGAUGGAUUGAAUAUGUUUGAUGGGACAGAGUCCUGUUACUUUCAUUAUGGACCUAGAGGGCAUCAUAAUCUCUGGGAUAGUCGAUUGUUUGCCUACUCCAGCUGGGAAGUUUUAAGAUUUCUCCUGUCAAACAUAAGGUGGUGGUUGGAAGAAUAUGGAUUUGAUGGAUUUCGUUUUGAUGGUGUUACAUCCAUGCUCUAUCAUCACCAUGGAAUAGGUCAGAAUUUUUCCGGUGGCUACCAUGAGUAUUUUGGAUUACAAGUAGAUGAAGAUGCUUUGACUUAUAUCAUGUUGGCAAACCAUUUGGUUCACACGCUGUAUCCAGAUUCUAUAACAAUAGCUGAGGAUGUAUCAGGAAUGCCAGCUCUGUGUUCUCCAAUUUCCCAGGGAGGGGGUGGCUUUGACUAUCGAUUAGCCAUGGCAAUUCCAGAUAAAUGGAUCCAGUUACUUAAAGAAUAUAAAGAUGAAGAUUGGAAUAUGGGCAAUAUAGUGUAUACACUCACAAACAGACGCUACCUUGAAAAGUCCAUUGCUUAUGCAGAGAGCCAUGAUCAGGCACUCGUUGGGGAUAAGACGCUGGCAUUUUGGUUGAUGGAUGCUGAAAUGUAUACCAACAUGAGUGUUCUAACCCCGUUUACUCCAGUUAUUGAUCGUGGAAUACAGCUUCAUAAAAUGAUUCGACUCAUUACUCAUGCACUCGGCGGAGAAGGCUAUCUCAAUUUCAUGGGUAAUGAAUUUGGGCAUCCUGAAUGGUUAGACUUCCCAAGAAAAGGAAAUAAUGAGAGCUACCAUUAUGCAAGAAGGCAGUUUCAUUUAACUGAUGAUGACCUUCUCCGCUAUAAGUUCCUGAAUAACUUUGACAGGGACAUGAAUAAAUUGGAAGAAAGAUGUCAUUGGCUUUCAGCUCCACAGGCCCAUGUUAGUGAAGAGCAUGAAACCAAUAAGAUCAUUGCUUUUGAGAGAGCAGGCCUUCUUUUUGUUUUCAACUUUCAUCCAAGCAACAGCUACACUGAUUACCGACUUGGAACCACAGUGCCAGGAAAGUACAAAAUUGUGCUAGAUUCAGAUGCAGCAGAAUAUGGAGGACACCAGAGACUGGACCACAAUACCGAUUUCUUUUCUAAACCUUUUGAACAUAAUAACUGUCCCUAUUCUCUUUUGGUGUACAUUCCAAACCGAGUGGCCCUCAUCCUUCAGAAUGUGGACCUGCCCAGCUAAAGAGAUCUGAUUGCAGCUCCAGCAAAGAAAGAUGUGCGCUUUGUUUUCCCACGCUUGUUGUCCCAGAGCUUGUAAUGUGUAAGCUUUUCAAAAUAUAUUGGUCUAGCCUAAAUGUCAGAUGUCUGAAAUUCAAUACUGGUUUAUGAAAAUGAAUGUCAAACUUUUCUUUAAGGAGGAGAGGGGAACAUAUUUUUUGAAAUUUUGGAGAUCCUAGACUAUAUUUUCCAGCCAUCUGAACAUCUAGGAUCCUCAAAUGAAAUGUUAUAUAUCAUGUCUUCAAACAAUUUUGCCUUACAGGCCAAUUAUUUAGUCCUUUUAAGUUCAGAUUUGAAUCAUGUGUCAUGUUUGAUUAUUUCUGUUGAAUGUAUACAGCAUC